UUGGUUUCCUGUUGAGGGGGGUCAGAGAUAAAUCCACACCCCUGGGUGUGGAACCAUAGAGUACAGAGGAGAGUACAGGCCAAGUUCCAAUCAACCCAACUGGUGGAUCUAGGUAGGUUGGUCAAGCCCUGGCUCCAGGCUAUGUCUCCCUGGCUGUGGGACAGCUAUUCCGUACUGAGCUGAGAGGGACCUGCCUGGCUGGAGACUACAGGAACAGACAUGGGGCUGGGACAAUCCAACAAGGCUUCCGUCACCGAUGACACAGAGGAGGUCAAUUUUGACCACUUCCAGAUCCUAAGGGCUAUCGGGAAAGGAAGUUUCGGGAAGGUGUGCAUUGUGCAGAAGAAGGACACGAAGAAAAUGUAUGCCAUGAAGUAUAUGAACAAACUGAAGUGUUUGGAACGGAACGAGGUCCGCAAUGUUUUCAAGGAGAUGCAGAUCAUGCGAAACCUCGAGCAUCCUUUCCUUGUCAAUUUCUGGUACUCGUUCCAGGAUGAGGAGGACAUGUUCAUGGUAGUGGAUCUGUUGCUGGGAGGAGACCUGCGCUACCACCUCCAGCAGAACGUUCACUUCUCAGAGAGCACUGUCAAGCUGUACGUCUGUGAGAUCGCCCUGGCGCUGGGCUACCUCCGCAGCAAACGCAUCAUCCACAGAGACAUCAAACCUGACAACAUUCUGUUGGACGAACACCGACAUUGUCACCUGACAGACUUCAACAUCGCUGCCAUCGUCAAAGACGAUCUAAGAGCCACGUCUAUCGCAGGGACCAAACCGUACAUGGCCCCGGAGCUGUUCCAGCCACACGAGGGAAUACACCCUGGCUACUCCUUCUCUGUGGACUGGUGGUCUCUGGGCGUCACUGCCUACGAGCUUCUGCGAGGACAGAGGCCGUACGUCAUGCGCUCCAGCACACCGGCCAAUGAGAUCCUCCAGAUGUUCCACAAGGUCAACCCCAGCUACCCCAUAGCCUGGUCUCUGGAGAUGAAGACCAUGCUCAGAAAGUUGCUGUGUAUUGACGUGCACCAGCGUGUGUCCUGCCUGGCUGAGCUGCAGGAUCUAGACCUGCUGUCUGAUGUCAACUGGGACACUGUGCUCAACAAACAGCUGCCCCCCGGCUUCAUCCCCAACAGGCGGAGGCUCAACUGCGACCCCACCUUUGAGCUGGAGGAGAUGAUCCUGGAGUCCAAACCGCUGCACAAGAAAAAGAAAAGACUAGCCAGGAAGACCAGAGAGCAGGGCUCCAAUGGGUCCCCCCAGAACGGUCAGCUCCAGCAGCGCCUGAACAAUGUGGAGAGGGACUUCAUCAUCUUCAACAGAGAAAGGUCAAAGAAGGCUGUGGCAGACACAGAGGUAGCAGACCUCACCACGACAGAGAAGAACAAGGCUAUGGAAGAUGGACAGAACAACAACGUGGACCCGGCAGCCGACAUAUCAGGAUAGCGGACUACGGCUUGAGCCGUAAGUCGCCACGCUAACCUGGCCACAGCUUGUAGAUCACUACUAACCAAUCGUCCACUUCCCCUGUCCGGCGCAGGGCACUCAGAUUGACCUUUAACCCUGACACAUUCCCCKAAAAGACAGCUAUUAUGCCCAGACCCCAGACUUCAGGAGCUCACAUAGACUACUACUUUACAGAGUGAGAGGCAGCUGACCUAGACAGACAGAUAGACCCUGGCUCUUUUCACUUUUCAUAUGAUGGGGGACGUGCCUCUCAGUGGGCAGCCCUCCUCACACUCUACCCUGAUCUGACCUGCUCUGGCCUGAUGCACUAUGGUCCCCCAGAGCUCUCAUCCCUCCACCAAGUUAGCCAGGCCCAGGAAAUUACUUAACUACAAACCCAGCAGAGAGCAGAGCCAGACAGGAUACAGCCACCAUGCCUGUUAUGCUGAGGCUAGACUCAGGCCAGGCAGGAAAUGAAGCAUAAUGUUGACAAGUAGGAGACUACAUCUGCAGUGAAACGGUGCUGACUUGCUUUUGGAAGAGAGAGGGGUUGUGAGUAGCGUCACACAAAAUGAGUUGAGGAUGAGGAUUAGAGAUGAGAUAUGAGAUAUGAGGCCUUUGUUUUCAAGACUCCAACCACAGAUUCCUCUUCGAAGACAAAGAGAACCACUGUAGGCUUGAGCGCCAGCUGCUGAACGUAAUACGUCUCUGUGAAAUUAUUAGGCAUCAAUGUGCCUCUCAAGCAAACCAAAAUGACUGGUGCUCGACAUGGAUAUUUGUACGUCAAUCUUUAUUGACGAAUAGAUAGGUAUUGUCUGUUCCGCACAGAAACACGAUUUGCAUACGCUUCUCCAUUAGUUGUAGCGUUUAUGCACAGAGGUCAAAGAGGAGUAGAUGAAUCCUCAUUCUCUUCUGGUUUUUAGAGGGGUGCCAGUAGAGGAGAGUGGGGGAACUUGAACCAUAUGUUACAUUCAGCAUCAGUCUGCCAAGGGAAAUAUAGUAUUCUUUCCAAUAAAGAUAUCUACAUAUAUUUCAGGAUGUUGUGAAUCAAAUAAUCCGAAUUCAUGUCAAACGUUAUACUUUUGAAAACAUAUCUUGUUAAAAAAAAGUGGUCUCUUGGCACAACUUACCCCGGGGAAUGGGGUAAGUUGAGCCCCGGAACAAGUUAAGCAAGUUAAGCCGACUACAUAUUUCUGUACUGAAUGAAAUAAUACCGCUACCUUUUUAAAACCAUGUCUAUCUUUAUUUCCCAAACA